AAGUCUGUGUGACAGACACAGCACAGCUCAAACGGACUCUGUUUCUCUUCGAACCAGCACUUUGGACAUUUUGUGUUUGUUUCCCCUCUUCCUGACCCAUGGCUGGCCUGCUGAAAUGCGGGACGCUCCUUCUCCUCACCUCCUUCCUCGCGCUUGUGUCUGUGAGGGGAGAGUGGAUCCUGGCUCCCAGAAAGCUUGUGGAGAAUGAAGAUUACACUUCAUUCGACUUUAUCGCUAAGAUUCGCUCGGAUAAGGAGAACUUCACAGCGAUAAGAUAUCAAAUAACUGGUCCUGGUGUUGAUCAGGAUCCUAAAGGUAGAUUUGCUGUUGACCCGAACACUGGCUACGUGAAAGUCUAUACCAUUUUUGAUCGAGAAGAAAUCCCUGUGUACUACUUAAAUGGUGUGGCAAAAUUCCUCAAUGGGUCUCGUGCUGAAAAGGAUAUUGCCCUUACAAUAGAGAUUGUAGAUAUGAAUGACAACGCACCAGUCAUUCAAACACAGCAAGUUGGAGAAGUCGAUGAGUGUAGCAGUGCAGGGACCCUUGUCAUGAAAGUAAUAGGCACUGAUGCAGAUGAUAAGAGACUACCUCAUGCCCAAAUCGCAUACCAAAUUGAUGCGAAGAGUAAUGGAGCGAAUAUGUUUUAUAUUGACUCUAGAACUGGAGAUAUCAAGGUUAAACAGAGUAAUCUGGACAGAGAGACAAAAGACGUGUAUAAGCUGAAUAUUAUUGCCUCUGACAUGAAUGGAAAAGCAGGAGGAAACUCGGGAAGCGGUGAAAUUGAGAUUCGUAUUAGGGACAUAAAUGACAACGUUCCUGUGCUGGAAAAAGAAUCGUAUGAGGCCAGUGUGGAGGAGAACACAAUCGGAAUGGAAGUUUUGAGGAUAAAAGCCACAGACAUGGAUUUAAGCUACACGGACAGCUGGCUUGCGGUUUUUGAGAUCGUUUCUGGGAAUGAGGGAGGUUAUUUCAAUAUCACAACUGAUUCUAAAACCAAUGAGGGAAUCAUCACAAUAAACAAGGCCCUAGACUAUGAGGAAAUACAGUCACUCAAUUUGGACUUGAAGGUUGCCAACAAGGCAGAGUACAACUUUGGCUCUGGGUCAAUGACGGGGGCUGUCGCUGGUGCAGGCAAAUCAUAUCCCAUCAAAAUAAAUGUCAUCAAUCAGAAGGAGGGUCCCCGUUUCCAGCCAAACGUAAAAGUGGUGACUGUCUCCGAGGACACCUCAUCAGUCUCCAUCAACAAAGUCAUCACUACGUACGCCGCUAUAGACAGCGACACACUAAAAACUGCCACCAAUGUGAGAUAUGCAAAGUUGCAUGAUGAGGACAACUGGUUGUCUGUUGAUGAAACGACAGCAGAAAUCAAGCUGAAUAAAUUGCCUGAUCGAGAAUCCAAGUAUUUGAAAAAUGGAACAUAUUAUGCUGAAAUAAUAUGCAUUUCCAAUGACCUUCCCUCAAAAACUGCAACAGGGACCAUAGCCAUUCAGGUGGAGGACUUCAACGAUCACUGCCCAGAACUCACCACCAAAACUCAGAACAUGUGCUUUGAUGAUACUUUCAUUUAUGUCACUGCUGUAGAUAAAGAUGAGUUCCCCAAUUCGGCACCAUUUCACUUCACUGUGAUUGGGGAUAACAAACAGAAAUGGACAGUGGAGCCUCUAAAUGAAACCACAGUCAUUCUGCGAGACCAAGCCCACUUGUGGCCAGGCAAAUACAGUGUGCAGGUGGAGGUCACAGACCAGCAGGGAAAGUCGUGUGCUGAUGCCCAGAUAAUAGAUUUAUUGGUGUGCACAUGCCAAAAAAACACUAAAACUUGUGGGCCACGUAGUUCACGUUCUUCAGUUUUUGGAGUCGGAGGAAUCUUGCUCCUGCUGCUGGGACUGCUGCUUCUUCUGUUGAUUCCCCUUCUUCUGCUGUUCUGCCUGUGUGGAAAUGCAGCAAGAGAGUUCAAGGCCAUACCUUUUGAUGCAAAAGAACAACUCAUCUCCUAUCACACAGAGGGACAAGGAGAAGACAAGGAAGUUCCUCUUUUACAAGUUCCAGUGAAUAUGGAUGGUGGUACCUUGAAUGCAAAGGACAUCAACAUUGUUAGGGGAAGGGAAUACAUGUCAGGUCUGGUUGAAACCGAUAGAGCUCUAGGUGGAGGAUUAACCAUGACAGGAGAGGACAUGUACACAUACGACCGUUACGGAUAUUCCAGUGGGCAAGAGUACAAUGGAUUUAUGGGUGGAGAGAAGAUGGGAGGACAAGAUAUGCGUUUCUCCCAUCGUGAAUUCGGAGCCUUCGAUGGAAUGGCCCUAUCAGAUAAUUUUCUGUGGCAGUACUAUUCACAGAAAGCAAAUGAAGCUUCACAGCAAUAUCAAGAAAAUGAACUAUCCCAGGUCUACGGCUACGAGGGUCAAGGGUCACUUGCGGGUUCUGUAGGUUGCUGCAGCCUUCUUGAAAAUGACAAUGACCUUGCUUUCCUUGAUGACCUUGGACCAAAAUUCCUAACACUGGCUGAGAUCUGUCAUGGUGGAUCUCUUGUGAGCAAGUCAGCAAAUGUAGAAGUUUCUCGUCCCAUUAUCAAACCAGUGCCCCAGGUCAGGCCAUCCACCAUGACCCAUGUUCAUACUCGUACAGAAACUGCCAGAGACAGGGACACUGCAAACAUCAACACCCUCAACACCUCCAAAGUAACGUCUGAGUCUUCCACGAUCAUUCAAGAGGAGCGAGUUACUGAGAGAUCCCAAGGUUCUGCAACUGUUCCCAAUGUCCAAGUUCGGGAAAAGGUAGUAAUUCCUAACCAAACACUGCUCAUACAGCAGCCUACCAUGUACUAUGCUGCUACGCCCAUGUAUGUAGUUGAAUCCAAGCCUCAAAUGGUGCUUGUUUCAGGAGGAACCCAGCAGGCAGUUGGCCAGGUGAGCCAAGCUGGGUUUGGCCAAGGUAUAAUGCAGGUUGGUGGCCUCCAAGGUUCUCAAGUUGGUCAUGUGAGCCAAGCUGGGUUUGGUCAGGGUCUAAUGCAGGUUGGUGGCCUCCAAGGCUCUCAGGGUGUGGUCCUUGUCGAUGGGCAGGUAGGAAUGAGUGGUGCAACAAGACAGGCAGCACAGGGCCCCUCUCAAGGAAAAGUCUCUGAAUCUACUCAAGUGUUUGUAGUCAAAAACGGUUCAGCUGGCGGAAAGCACAGCACACACUUAGUGCAGGACAUUGGUCAAAUAGGACGGGGAUCUUCAGAUUCCAACUUAGAAGCAAGAGGUAAAGGCGUGCAGGUGAAAACUUUUUCAAUGAGUUCACAUGGUUCUGCAGGAUCAAGGGAGGACUUUGCACAGAUAGCCGCACCCAAGAUUCAAGGAAACCAGAAAGUGGUUAUGCAGCAUAAAAAAGUCUCAAUGAUCAAGAAAAAUACAGAGUCUAGUACAAGUCUGUAAAUGAUCCUCUUGUUUAACGUAUCCACUGAGGUUAGAUAUAAUGACAAAUAUUUCUCCUGUAAAAUGCACUAUAGAACAUGUACUGCUGCAUGUAGAUUUAAAAUGAAACAAAAUAUGAAGAGUGUAAACUGCUUGACCCAAAGCUUUACCAUUUUGUGUUUAUGACUGUCUGUGUAGGUCUAAAUAAACACAAUUCUUUAUGUAAUUUUAAAUAAUAAAAAAAAAUGUUUAAAGGCAUUCAUUACCUGACUUGUACCAUAGGUAAUUUAAAGGUAUUUCUGAGAUUCAACGUUUUAGCCCAGGUACAAACUACUAUAAUUCAAAAUGAAAACUAGACUAAUUCACAUUUUCUACAUUUCACACAAAAGCAUCUUAUAAACCCAUAUAAAAAAUGGGGACGGUCCUGAAGACAAAAACAGACUUUAUGUUCCAGGAACAGAUGUCAGAUUAAAGACAAUAUUUAUUUGAACACAAAGUGUGCUUGGCAGGAAAAAAAAAUGCACAGAUUUUAUUUAUUCAACCUCCUGUUUUCCCUCAGCCUAACUCCGAAAACAGCCUAUCAAAAACAUUUUCACCAGCGCAAUAUGCCUUUACUGUAUUUUUGUAAUUUGUCGGCAUUUUUUUUUUGUACAUUAAAGAAAUGUUGAAUGCCAAAUCACAAAAAAGUGUUUAUAAUACAAUCUUGUUUUGUUGCAAGCCAGUUUGUGCUAGAAUUGUAGUUUGACUUUUGUUAAAUUCA